CCAUCUUGUUUUAUAAAUUGUGUUCUUGGUAACUUAAAUCUGUCAUUGUUAUUGUUUUCGUAAAGUUUUUAAGAACUCUUUUACACUUAUAAAUUAAGUUUAUAGUGAUGCUAGCUGAUCUCGUUUUCAUCUAAAAGAAAUCAAGAAUAUUUUAACAAAAAACUUAAAACUUAUCGCUUAAAAAUUGCGAGUUUUGUACUUGUGCAUACACGUUAUAUAUGUGUGUAUCGGUGUUUACGCGGGUAAUUUCAAUUUUGAGUGUAGGAAAAUGAUGGGAAAGCGGAUGCACCACAAUAGCAAAGGCAGACUGGCUAGUAAAGGCUUUGAUAACGGUAAACCUUCUAGUCCUGGAGUGUCACCUUAUAAUAAACCUUCCAAAAUAUCGAGCGGAGUGUCCUUAGGAAAAACGAAAGUGGAUAAUAUGUGUCCAAUACCAUACAUAAGGCAACAAGAUAACGCUGUAACUUUACCGAGGUUGACUGGAAUCUUGGGAAGAUCUGCAGAUGAACCGAUUGGCAUGGAUGAACUAGACGCUUUACAGUUAGAGUUGGAAUCACUUUUGUGUAACACAGCAUUACGUAUCAGAUAUUUUCAGGGAGAGAUUGAAAGCAUUGAUACUAAUGAAUCCAAAAGAGAAAAGAAAAACAAAGCUGCGGGUAAACAAUUACAGUAUCCCAUGAAAAGAAAAUUCCCUGAAGACAAAUUAGUAAAAACCAAAGAUUAUACAAAGUUAUCCAACCAACCGAAGGUUCCUAAAUUAAAAAACUUUAGUGGGUCCUCUGGUGCUUCCCACAAUUAUUUAAAUGAUAAUAUAAAUUCUGAUAAUUCAGUCAAACUGGAUCUGUCUCAGCUGACGUUACCAAAGAAUAAUAUCCCAUAUAAGUUUUGGAAUUCCGUUGAACCUUACUGUGCACCUGUUACAUUAGAUGACAUCAAAUUUCUUGAAUCCCUUUUGGUACAAAGCAGCAAUACAACCCUGCCACCUAUCCCACCACUGGGGAAACAUUAUUCUGAAGUGUGGGCUGAUGAGCAUCUUAAUGAAGACCAGAAUGCUUCAAACCCAAAUAAACAAAAAGGCUCUGGUUGGUCCCCUGAAACUUCCAAUUUAAGAAAGAAAUUUGAAAAAUCUUCAGAUAAUAAUAUGAUCACUGGUCCAUUGACACAAAGGCUUGUAUCAGCUUUGAUGGAGGAAAAUGUGAUGCCCUAUGAAGUCCCUGAUAUAAAAAUGAAACAGACUACUAAUACAAAGAAUACUUAUAAGAAUUCAUUGACCUUGGAGAAAUGUUUAAGAAAGGAAUUAGUUGAACAGGGUAUCUUAGACCCAGAGGAUUUACCGCCUCUUACAAACCCAGCCGAUGAUGAAAUAUUGGCUGAAAUUAAAAAAUGCCAGACAGAAUUAACUGCAGUCAGAAAAGAAAACUGUCGGAAUCUCAAAAAUCUGAUUGGUUUGUGUAAGCAAGAAAUGAUACGAUUGAAUUUAAAGAAACAGCUUGAUCAAGUAGAUAUGGAAUGCAUUGACACAUAUAAAAAAAUGGUUGCUGCUAAACAGAAGAAGAGACCCAUAACCAAAAAAGAAAAGGAAGAUGCUUGGCGAGCUAUUAAUGAACAAAUAAGACUUAAUAAAGAAAUCAAUGCCUUGCCUUUAACAGGACCAAACACAGCUUGAGCUCAAUUAAUAUUUUUUUAUUAAUUCAUAGUAAUUGUUAGGUGUGGUAACUUAAUACUAUUUAAAAACUUGGUUAUUAUUAGUUAUAAUUGAAUAAAUAGAUUAUGAGAA